AUGGAAGUUGAAAGAAGAAAAACCAAGAAAUAUACUUUCAAGAGUUUAAAGGUAGAAGAGUUAAGAAAGCUAGGAUCCUUGAUUGUUGAUCAAGAUAAGUUCUGUAGCAAGUAUAGAAGGUUGUUGUAUCUCCUCAAGACAAAUAUGAAGGAAGGAAUUCUCUCCACAUUGAUUCAAUUCUAUGAUCCAUUGUAUCAUUGUUUCAUCUUCCCUGAUUAUCAACUAUUAUCAACCUUGGAAGAGUAUUCAAGCAUCAUAGGGUUACCCAUUACUGGAAGGAUUCCCUUUAUUGGUUUGGAAGGAUAUCCCAAGUCUCAUGACAUUGCAAAGUUUACCCACUUAAGAAAGGAUGAGAUUGAGAAUAAUAUGGUUACCAAAGGAGGAUUACCUGGAGUACCUGCUCAGUUUUUGAUAGAGAGAGCUCUCUCUUUGUCACAAGAAAGAAAGGAAGAUGACUUUGAAGCUAUAUUUUCCCUGUUGGUUUAUGGAUUUUUCUUGUUCUCAAAUAUUAAUAACUUUGCUGAUAUGAAUGCCAUCAAGAUCUUUAUGAAGGGAAACCUUGUUCCUACCUUGCUAGAGAACACUUAUUACUCCAUCUAUUUGAGAAAUUCCUAUGGAAAGGGAAUGAUUACUUGUUGUACUCCUUUGUUGUACAAGUGGUACAUCUCUCAUUUGCCAAAUACUAAUGAUUUUUGGGAUCUCAAAGAAGGAUAA